AUGGCAACUGAGACGGAGAAUAACGGACCCGAGAGCAAGGAGAUCAAGGACGUGAAGGAGAUGAAAGAGGCGCUUAAGGACGACGCGCCGCCGGACAACAAGCAGGAGGAGAAGGACGCGGCGGCGAAGAAGGACGAGACGGCCGGCAAGAAGGACGACGACGCCGCCGCGGCCGCGGCAGGCGGCGCGGCCACGGCGCCGGCGAAGGCCAACACCGUGCACCACCCCGAUUACGAGAAGGACGUUGUUUAUCUGUAUCAGUUCCCGCGGACGCCGCUGUUGCCGUCCUUAUCCCCGUACGGUCUCAAGGUGGAGACGUGGUUGCGGUUGAACGGUAUCAAGUACGAGGGCCAGUUGCCAUUCGUCGAGCUGAACGGCGAGGAGAUCGCGGAUAGCACCAUUAUCCUGCGAGAAUUGACAGAAUUCGGCAAGGACUUGGACGCCGGUCUUACAUCCGAGCAGCGAAGCGUCUCCCAUGCUAUGAUAUCGAUGAUCGAGAAUCAUCUCGUCUGGGUUGUCGCGUGCUGGCGCACGAAGAAUCUGGACCAGGUGCUGAAGGGCUACAAGGUCAAUCUGCAACUCGCUCUGGGAUCACGUAUCCCAAAUGCCAUUCUGAAUUUCUUCUUCAAGCUUACAUUCGGACGCAAGGGUGCGAGAAAAGUGAAGGCUCAGGGCAUGGGCGUGCACAGUCCGGAGGAAGUGUCCCAAUUUGGCUGCACCGAUCUCAAGGUACUCUCGGACACGCUCGCUGACAAGCCCUUCUUUUUCGGAGACGAGCCGACUACCAUGGACGUGGUGGCAUUUGCGCAUCUCGCUCAAAUCCUGUACAUCGACAAAGACACUCCGUACAGUCUGCGAGAUUACAUGGUCGAGAAUUGUCCCAACUUGGUUGGCCAUUGCUCGCGCGUUAAAGAACGAUGUUUCCCGGAUUGGGACGAGAUUUGCUCCAGCCUGGACAUGAACACGCAUCUACCGAAGCCUGAGAAGCAGGAAGAGAAGGAAGGCAAAGAAGAGGCGAAGGAGUCCAAAGAGUCCAAGGAGGAAAAAGAAGGCGAUAAGGAGAAAGCGGACAAAGAGGAGAAGGAAGUUGAGAAGGACAAGGAAGUUGAUGAGAACAAAGAAAAAGAGAAGGACGGCAAAUAAGCAGUCUCUCGUUGUAAAGGGGAGUAAUAAGUCGUUUCAAGGAUUUAAAGGCGAAGAGUCGCGAAGGUAUACUGGCGAAUGAAUAAAGAUAGAGAGAAAGAAAGAGAGGGAUAGUUAACGAUGGGUAAGAAUGUACGUAUGUGUGCGCGUGAUUGCGUGAAUGUGAACGGUGGAGACGCGGACGAUGUAGAAAACACGUAUAGAACGACGAGGGAAGGGAGUUGCCGGAAGUGAGAGAUUGUAUGUACGAGAGAAAGAAAGAAGGAGAG